GCUAGGAGAGAGUGCACAUCAAAAUUUUUGUCUUGCUAUCUUUUUCUCUGAAAAGUUGGGACAGGUGUUUUGAAGAUUUAUGUUCUGAUUUUUAAUCUAAUACUCUUUUAUUUGCUGGAGUUCCUUAUCAUAACAUCUGAAGAUGCUAUGAAAGAGGCAAAGAUGGAGCCUGAAGAGACAGAGGUUGAUUCAUCACUUUCUUGGUCUCCUGUACACAGAGAGAGACUCCUCACUUGUGCCAACCUUUCAGAAAUUGCAGGGAAGAAAAGAAAACAAGACCCAAGUAGUGAUGCUGAGAAUUCAGCCCGAAUCUUGGAGGACUGUGAAGACGAUGACUUUCCCAUCAAUGACCACAUACAGGAUUCUGAGGGUCCUUGUAACAAAAGAGUCAAGCCAGUAGACAAAAGUGCUUCAGUCACUGGAAUCAUAACGCCGGUUAAGACCCCUGCACUGAAACGCUUGGGGCAAUCCAUACAGCGUUCCAUCAGUUUCCGGACAGAGGCCCGGCCAUUGCCUCCAAUGCCAAUAAGAACACGUCAGAAGGCCUCUUCAUUUCCACGCCGACGGAACAGCCAGCUGUGGAGUGACACAGUGGACACUCUUAGUCAUGAGCUUAGUACCAAAGAGAUCAAGCGACAAGAGGUCAUUUAUGAGUUGACUCAGGGAGAGAAGCAGCUCAUUGAGGAUCUAAGUCUAGUGAAAAAGGUGUACUAUGAACCAAUGUUGAAAUUAGACAUAAUGACAGAAAGUGAGCUGGGCCAGAUAUUUGGAACCCUUGAUUCUUUAAUACCCCUUCAUGAAGAUCUUUUAACUCGGCUUGAAGGUCUGCGUGGGGCAGAGAAGACUGUACAAGAGGUCGGCCCAACCAUGAUGGAUUGGUUUCCCUGUUUGGAGGCAUACAUCACAUAUUGCUGUAACCAGGUUGGGGCAAAAGCUCUUCUCGAUCAAAAGAAGCAGGAUCGGCGAGUAGAACAUUUCUUGCGGCUGUGCCAGGAGUCGUCCUUCAGCAGAAAGCUGGACCUGUGGAACUUUCUGGACUUGCCUCGCAGCAGACUGGUGAAAUACCCUCUGCUGCUGAAGGAAAUUCAAAAGAGCACUCCACCUGAUCAUCCGGAUGAGGAGGCCCUGCCACUGGCUAUGGAUCUAAUACAGAGAAUUAUAACAGAAGUAAACCUUAAAACUGGAGAGGCUGAGUGUCAGUUUUACAGACGGGGACUGAGCUACUCAGAAGAUGGCCAGAGGGUUCCUGAAAUUCAGGCUUCCCGUUUUUUGUACUGCCAUGGUGAACUGAAGAGCUCAAAAGGACAGAAGCUGCACGUGUUCCUCUUUGAGCUAGUACUGGUUUUGAGCCGACCAGUGGCACAAGACAGGGAAGGACCAGUCCAGUUCCAGGUGUAUCGCCAGCCCCUCCCAGCAGCUCACCUCCAUCUGGAGGACCUACCUGAUGGAGAGCAAAGCAGUUCUGGAUCCUUCCGUGGAGCCUUCACGGGCAAUGAUAAAGCAAAGAACUGUUUCCGUGUGAGCACCACAGGACGCUCAAAGUCACAAUCCCACAGCCUGCAGGCCAAUGACUCCUUUAACAAGCAGCAAUGGAUUUCCUGUCUGCGCCAAGCAAUGGUCCAAUCACGAGACAGACAGGCCCAAGCCAGCCCUUCCAAUCCCUCUUACCGUUUGAGCCCUGAACCUGCACUCCAUAACAACAUCGCUGAACUGAGUAUAAACUCUGAUGUGGAGAUGCCAGACACAUAAGCCAGGGCUAACAACGCUGCUGUCUAGUUCUAUAGUUUGUGGACAAACAGGAAGACCUUUUACUGUGACAAUGACAGCUACUAUUCUCAGGAUAAAUUAAUUCACCUAGUCACUGCCACUCACCCUAUAUUUAGAACUGUGAGCAGAACUUCAUGUUGCAAUACAAAUAUAUAUAUAUAUAUAUAUAUAUAUAUAUAUAUAUAUAUAUAUAUAUAUAUAUAUAUAUUCACAAACAUACAUAUUUCAUAUGUGGAUGUUUGCUAGUACCAGAUUGAACAUUUUGAAUUCGAUGUAUGCUAUUUGCUUAACCUGUUUAAUUUACAUUGGCAACGUUGUAUGAUAUCUGUUGAACAUAUAGGCCUAAAUCUCAAAAUUCCUUGUUCCUUUCCUUUCCAUCCCAUCUGGUUUAUACACAAGAAAAUUGGUGCAAUCGAAACGGUAACUAAUAUUAUACAGUAUGUGGCUUUUUAUUGUACUUUGGCAGCAUUAGAUCUACUGGUACUUAAAGUUUUUGAAGAAAUAACCUAAAUGCUUUUGUUUGCCAUUUUUCCACAUGGGGCAUUUAUAAACUGUAUUCGCCCUUUUUCCACCUACAUUGCAUAAUGGUGACCGUUUUGUUUUCAAUAAACUGACAACUUCCAGAAAUAUGGACCUAUUAUGUUUUCAAACAGAAUGAGAUUGAGAAUUGUAUAGGCUACACAAACCUGCUAAACAAAGAGUAAGACUGCUUAUUAACAUGAUUAUUUAUGCUGUGUACUUGCACAGUAAUUAUUCAUAAUAUGUGCUCCAACACUCCAUAUGUUGCAGUUUAAUAUCAUGGAAGUGAAUGGCUUUUAGACACUUUCACCUCUCAGUGUCAAAGCUGUUCUUAAGCACAGGCAAAGACAUGGCUAAAUAUAGAAGGUCCUAAAAGGAAUGAGAAAAGAUUAGCAAUGAUUAAAGCCUGUUCGCAAACAAUGGCUGGAGAGCCUGGUGAACUGCAGGUGCAAUGAGAGGAAACUAAAGGUUUUGUUAUAAAUGACAAAACUGUACUGAGGUUUAGAUGAACCAAAACACGGCACUUAUUGAUCUUCAAUCAGCAAAUUAGUGAGGAUUUCUAAGGACCGGUUAGUUGGUGGGGUUGGGUGCCACACAGACCAGGUAAUGCCAAGAGCUGAAUCCACUGCCACGGACAACUCGUGUCAGGCCUUGUGCCGCACUUUAGUCACUCAAAAUGGCCUGCAGCCAGAGAACAUGGACAUCUCACAGUCUGUAC